CUUUUGCACGGAGAUGUUGAAAAUGAACCUCGUUCGAUCUGCUGCUCUUGUAGCCAUGCUGCUAUCUGUGGUCGAAGGACAGAUUUGUAAAUGGGGGGCACCAUUCGGCUGUCCUAAUAGAGAUAAGGCCAGCCAUUACUCCCAUAACGAAAUGGAUUCGAAUCCAAAGCUCGCUGACACAUUUCACAGUCUACGUGUCCCAGAAAGUUCUGACGUGGACAUCACUGAAUAUACGCAGCGCAAUCCAAUGGAUGUCGAAUUCAGAAGUGCAAAGAGCACACAAGGCGCUUACAAAUUCGAAGACAUCAAGACCUAUCUUAACAACUUGUACCAAACUGAGAAAAUGGAGGCAAAGCAUAAAUAAUUUCUCGAGAAAUUUUGAAUAAAGUUAGAUUAUUCUAAGCUUUAAGCAAGUCAAAACACGUGAAAGACAUAACAAAACAUGUAGUUUGCUAGUAAAGUUUAAGGAAGACUAAGAUAAAAAUUAGUAGAUUUGAAUUAUCAAUUAUCUUA